AUGGACGGCAACGUGGACGCGGCGAAAGUUCCUAUACCCGCAGAGACAGAAGCAUCGAAGGUAGGUAAGGCCGCUGCUGGCGAUUCGACUGCCACGGCUAACGCUGUGCCCGCUAGUUCUGUCAAGGAUACCCCAAAAGCGGACGAUCAGCGUGCAAACGGCGUGGAAGCGGGGAAAGAGGGGAUGGCUGCCGGUGGCGGGGAAAAUGCAGCGGAGGCGGAAGGAGCAAAGCCGCGCCCCUUCAAGCGCCCCCGCCACGCGCGCAAGGGCGCGCGCCCCGCGGCGGAGGAAGGGGACGAGGCGGAGGGGAAGAAGGGCGCGCGAUGCAAUUUCUUCAGGUGGCUGGACACCCCGCGUGUGACCAAGGAGGAGAAGGCGGCAGCGGCGAGGGAGAAGCGGCGCAAGAGAGAGCUGGCGCUGCUCGCAUGA